UGAGGUAAUGUCUGGUAUGUAUCGAUGCGAAAUUCUGUCUAGCAAUAGUACUGUAGAGCUGGAAUCUUAUUCUGUUGGAUUACUUAUCCAAGGUAACCAUGUUUUCAACAUGUAUUUCACCGUGGAAUUGGCUGGAGAGUAUCCUCGAUACACCUUCACCUGCAUCUCCACUGGUAGACCUGUAUCUUAUGUGGAGUGGGGCCCAUAUUAUUAUCCUUGGAUGGACAUCGCUGGAAGGAAAGACAAAGUACUAGAUGACCCAGCGACUGCACAGUACACAAUCACUCUGACUGUGGAUGAGUUGGAGCUAGGAACGUAUUACUAUUGUUAUAUCUCUCCAUUUUCUAAAUAUGGAUACCUCUAUAUUGAAGGAGCAUUGGGUAGAAUGAAUGUAACACAAAAUGGACUGAACAGUGUUGAGGCCAACUGGGUUUAUGGUGUUCAUGGCAACAUCAACUACCAAAGAGUCGGCACAAACAUAAUACAAAAUGAGACUAUUAGUUUCAGUGACAUCACAACUCAGCUGUAUGGAUUAUUGGAGGGGGAAACUUACUCCAUUUACAUUGAAGAACAUGAUGACUACAACGACUAUUAUAGUACCGUGAAAGCUGCAGCUAUAAUAUUCAUAGAGCCAGCAAGUAUAUCAGUCAGUUCGCCUGCUUCUUUCCCUCUCUUGGUUGGAGAGGCGGUCAACCUCACCUGCUGUGUCACUCUACCAAGUGGUGUGACUGGUAUUCCAGUGUUCCAGUGGGAGGGACCUAGUGGAGUGGCCACCCUUAACUGGACCCAGCCAACAUUUGGAGAGAUGGAAGUGUUGAGUGAACUAACCAUCAGCCAGAUAGAACCGGCUCAUGUUGGAGAAUAUGUCUGCACAGCAUACCUCAGUGGUUAUGUCAGCAACACUAUCACCAUCCCACCUCUUCAUGUUCCCUUCAGUGAUUUGGUUAUUACUCAUGAUCCAUCUGGUACACUGUAUUCUGGUACUAGCGUCACUCUUACAUGUACGGCGACACUAAAUUAUGGUGUGGACUACGACGGAGUGGCCGUCAACAUCAAAAUAGCUCCAACUAGAUCUCUUCAAUAUUCAAUCACUAAUGCAGUAGAAGGGCCUGACAGGUACACUUCCAGUCUUACUAUAAAUUCUCUGACCUACCAACACAGCAGAUUUGUUUGCCAUGUAAGAGUCAGUGGAGAGAAAAUCCAACUAUAUUAUAGAAAUUCCUACCACUACCUUGAAAUAGUCCCAAAGGCUGUUGUCAGUGCAGUGUACAAUCCAGUGCCAGGGGUAGACCCCAACCAAUUGGGGCCUAAUGAGUUCACAGCAGGUAGUGUUCUUACCCUCAACUGUACACUGGGGGGAGGGAGUGGAGACACUGACCAACACUACGAGUGGUCCAUGACAAGAAACAAUGCUUCUCAGAGCUGUCCCAGCUGCACUGAAUCAGUUACAUCAUCGAUGCUAACACUGAUACUCUAUUCGUACACUGCGGGGAACUACACAUGCACUACCAGUGACUGGGCCACAAGUGAAAACUUCACUGUUACUGUAGUAGGUGCUGCAAUGUAUGGAUCUGGAAUACGUGACCGCAGUCUGAUAGCCAACAAUGGAAUGAUAAUCAGUGGGAGAGAGGGCCUGAGACUAGAGUGUGUCUCCAACUCCAGUCAGAGUGGACUGGGAACUGUCACCACACCGGCUGGGGCCACCCUGUCUCCCGGGGAUACCAAACAAGGCUGGAGCAUCUCUCCUCCUCCACAUACACCUGGACUGCUCUCCCUCAUCACCUCAGCACCCAUAACACCUUCACAGCAAGGCAUCUACACCUGCUCCCUCCCUGACAGUAACGGAAAUGAUAUAGAAUUGAAUGUUGGAAUAUAUCCUAACGGAUUUUAUGAGCAUCCAAAGGUUGACAGUGGGCACUAUUUGAACUACAAGGACUCAUGUGGCCAUGUGACAUGUGUGUCAUCUGGCUCUCCAGCCACUAGUGUCACUUGGAUGAAAGACGGACAACCUCUCAAUACUGACGGAUCAUCCAACUAUACCUUCUCUCAGGAAAUCAGUGACAGGGAAGCUUCAGUCUACACUAAUGUUCUGGUAGUCAGUAGGAUGACCACUGGGAACUACACCUGUAUUGUAGCUAAUGACAUGGGGUCUACCUCUAGAAAUAUCAUUGUGGAUACUGAAUGUGAGGCUGACAAAUUCACAGCUGAAGCAGGAGAGAGACAAGUUACCUUCUCCUGGUGCCCUCCUGACGACUCAGACUGCACCACCCACACCCCGUCCUUCAACAUCUCCUGCUACCCCUCUUCUCCCUCUCCGCUGACUACUGUCAUCCAUGAACAAAGCAUACAAACCCUUGCUGGAUUCUCUCCAAACACCCACUAUAGUUGCUCAAUAGCCAGAGACGGCAAUUCCAUUGCUAGUACCUCUUUUAUCACUGAGGAAGAUUACUCUCAGAUAAGCAUUGCAGUGUUUCUCAAUAAAGAUAAUUAUAGCUGCUCUAGGAUUCUUGAAAUAAGUAAGGACGAGAUACAACUCAUGAUUACAGACCAAGUCGUGGAGAAGCUGAAGACAGUCUGCCCUGACUGCAGCCGUGCAAACCUUGACAACCCACAAAUUGGAGGCGUCCCUCCACUUGUAAUCUACCGAGCAAGACUGGGAGGAACUCACAAACAUGACAGUGAUAAUCUUGCGGAUCUACUUGAGAAAUGGGCAGUGAAUGGACUCAAUGUCUUGCUGGGUGAAGAGCCUUCUCAAUCAUCUCCAUCUCAGUCCACAGUGGAUGGACUCAAUGUCUCACUGGGUGAAGAGCCUUCUCAAUCAUCUCCAUCUCAGUCCACCGGUGAACCAGUGUGGCUAGCCGUAGGGUUUGCAGUGGGUCUGUUUUCUAUGGCAGUGGCCAUGGUUACCUCUCUGGCUGUUUGGAGAUGCCGAAGAGCGGUUAAGAGGAAAAGAAAGGCAAACCCUGAAAAAUCUACUGAAGGAAAGGUUGCUGUGGCAGGGAACAGCAUUCCCAUGGAUACUCUCAAUGAGGACAAGUCAGCUACCCUAUCAACUGGUGAUGCCACGGUGAUGACUACAGAAGGAGGCAGUAACAAAGGGAAGAAGAUCACUAAUCCAGGAAGUAGCAAUGGCAGCGGUCAAGAAAAUGGCUCUCCCAUUGAUACAAGGAGGAACGCAGCAUACUUACCAGUAGCUUCACAAGACAGGAGGGCUGAAGACAAUGUUAAGCUGCCACGUCAACAAAAAGCUGUGUCAUCAUCACCAGCCCAACCGUCAGGUGGUAGGAGACGGCCUCUCACUGGGAUCACCACUGAUCCCAACACUGCCUACUUUGAGAUAUCGGUGGAAAAGGGAAGACCCCUCCAAUUACAGCCUCUCUACGACACAGUUGGCGACUCAACAGUACGGAGCGUCAGAGCCAAAAAAGGUGUUCAUAGAUCACUCCCUCGUUUUGCAGCUUCACCCCCUCCUCGUCUCCCUCCUAGUCAUCCGAAUCGGUCGCGGUCCCUCCCUCGAGGCAAAGUAGCUCCUCCCACUGCCAAAGUAGCUCCUCCCACUGCAAAAGAGGAUCCUCCCACUGCCAAAGAGGCUCCGCCCGACCCAGAGGACUCACCAAUGAGGAACCGCCCCCCUGCCCCCCUACCUGAGGAGGCCAGAGAGUCAGAUGAAGACGAAGAUGCUUGCGUUUGACAAAAUUAUCGUAAAAACAAUGACUAAACAACCGAAACAACUUAUGUAAUGUAGAAG